AUGGCUCCGGCCGUCGGUCUUGAUCCGACUUCUUCGUUUUCUCGGACCUACUCCUCUCCCAACCUCGCAAGUCUCCACAGCCCUCCGAAUGCAGACCAGCCAGACGCCGGCCUACGUUUCUUCGAAGUACCCUCAUUCGACACCACGCCGGAGUUGGACGCUAAAUUGCUUUUCGAUGCCCAAAAACCCGAUUCGCCAUUAUCCGAAGCCAAGAUCGGUGCUACCGUCACCGCAGAAUCCGCCCACGCCAGGGAGGACAGGCCGGAAAAGAGAACUGCAAGAUAUUCGCUCGUUGAGCGGCCCAAGUCAUGGAUUCCCGGCUCCAAAUCCGCCUCGAGCCUACAAGAGUACUUCUCGGACCGUCCGAGCACGCGAAUAGGAACCGAAAGGCCAACCGGUGGUCUCAUGUCGACAGCAGGAAGUGACUCUGGGCUGCGAAGGAAGGCCGACGUCAAAAAGGUGAACGUGACGGAGAGUUCUGCGGGCCUUGCACGAGCGUCUUUGACCUCCCCGACUUCGCCCCUGCCCCAAGGCAUUCGAGGACGCCCGGCAACCAGAAAGACUGCCUCUAACCCCGAUGCAAAAUUGCACGACUCGGUGAAAGGUUCGGCAAAGCGAAGUCUUCUCUCACGGCCCCUCUCGGUCGGGGACCCAGACACUCCCUGGCUCGCAGAGGACUCGAAAGGCACCUCCCGAACUCUGAAUCGGGCGAGCUCUUACCUAACUAAGAUGAGGGCGCGUCCCCAGAGCGCUUUUGUCAAACUCAGUUAUAGCCGGAAUAGUUCGAGCAACAAUAGCCUAAGUAACGAUUCCGACACGAGCCGUUCGUCUUCCGCAACCAGCCUGGCACUACCCGUCACCUCUUUCACCAUUGAGCAUCAGGGUACCUUCAAGACAGCUUCCUUUGUCGACGGCAGCAUCACCUCGGCAGAUGACUCUUCUGGGGACAUGGCGCCUUCCCGAGACCCCCUCUGGAAGUCAUUCAAGGCCCUAGAUUCCGAGUUCUGCAAGUUCGCUGCCCGAGAUACGGCUCAACGCAUGGAGCUCAUCCGCAGGGUCCUGCUGCCCUUUCUUCAAGCCCACACCAACCAUACCUCCAAUAAAUCCCUUUGCCCCCAGCAUGUCGAGCACCGCGCCAAUAUCCUGGACAAGUGGUGGAAAGGACUGUUGGAGAUGCUGGACAGGUCUGAACAGCAGCCACUCCCUGGAGCGAACCGGCCGCUUCUUCUCAACAUGAUUCUCGCUGUCAUGAUGCGUCCGGAAUGGAGACAGGGCGCCUCGUACAUGAUGCCUUUGGCGGACAGAUCACCGAAUGAGCGCGUCGGCACCAGAUCAUGGUCGCUGUCUUCCGACUCUAAUGACUCUACCCAGGCCGAGUUUGCUCUUGCCUCGGCUGAACACAACGUGAGAGCCAUGUUCGCUGCCAACCUACUGAGCCAAAUGGAUAUCGUGGUGCGGAAAAUGUCCCAGCGUCAGGUGCCUCUGAGCCUAGUGAAUUUCAGUGGAAAGACUUGUGCGUAUGCUUUUUUCUUCGCCCCGGGCGUCGCAGACAUGCUCGUGCGGGCAUGGCGCCUAACCCCAGACCUCCUGCGCCGCGUCGCCCGAGAAUUCCGGUUGCCCGAGAAGGAUAACGGAGAAAGCGAGGAUAUUGUCGCGCUAUUUCCGCCGAAUCUGGGCAUGCUGGGUUGGACUGAUGUCAAGACCAUAUUGGACCGGCUCAAGGGUGAACCAAAGCUUUCGAUGACUGCCGCGCGGAUUAGAUGGUACGGCCCCUGGCUCCUGAGGUGGGUGGGUCGCGAUACGGAUUUGUUCUUCAUCUUUUGCAAGUAUUUCCACAUCCUAUCCGAUGAGUUCACCCCGCCUGGCCUGCCGCUCGUUGAGAAAGCCAGGUCGCCCGCGUUUGCCCUCGUCCAUGCACAGCUACUGGCCACGCUCGACUGGACCAUUCACCGCCCGAAUGACGAGGGAGAUGUGAUGAGCCCGCCUUCGUACGACUCAGCAUACGGAGCCGAUGCUUUCAUGCCUCUGGGCACGGUGGCCGGCUUUCGCCCGGCUAUGAACACAUCCCAGAAUCGUCUCGUCACUUUACUCAAAGACUUCCUCUCUGACGACUCGCCGCAUGUGAACGGUGCCCGACACACGUUUGCCGAGGCGUUUAUGGCUGUUCUGCGUGCCGUGACAGCCAGAACCUCUGUUUAUGACAUUGAUGCUUGCUGUGUGCUCUGUGACUUUCUGGAAGAAGCCCUCGUCGCCUACGAUCAGUUUGAGGAUACUGAUCGUCGUCCGAACCUCUCGUACGUCGACUGGUCCUUCUGGUUUGACGUCUGCAAGAGGAUGCUCAGCACGUUCCACUCGUCGAUGGAGGCUCGGCUUUUCUCAUUCGUGUUCGCGACGUGGGAUGCCAUUGCGGCCGAUCCUCGUCGGAAGCAGAAGGUGUGCCUUGAGUGGCUUCUAGAGGAGAAGAAUUUCAACGACUACUUUAACCACUGGAAUCCCCUGGUGAGAGCCUACUUCAUGCGGCUUCUGUGCUGGCGGGUCUGUAGGGACACCGGCAGUGCAAACGAGGUUGACGCCGAGAUCUUCCUCAUAGUCGCGUCCCGCCUCAAAUCCACCUGGGCGCACUAUCUCUACAUGAAGCAAACGGCGGAGGAGGCCGGCAAAUCCCCCCCCUCGACCGCACCAUGUCUCCCUACACCGGGUAAAAAGUUUAUGAUCAUCCGCACCGAGGUACAACCUCAUCAGACUGGCUUAUUCAUGAGCUUCGAUUCUUUCCUACAGCCACUUCAGAACUCUGGUCCCUCCCUUUCUGGUCUCCUUGGCACCGGGGCGAAUGCCAGUCCUCCGUCAGAUGCGAAAAGACGCUGGUCUCUAUUGGGCAAGGUUCUCUCCUUUACGAGCGGCUCCUCGGCGGCCGACGCCCCUACCUCCAAAGUAUUGUCGGGGAGCGACGUCGAGCAGGCGGGUAAGGCCCCAGGCGAGUCGCUGGGCCGUGAUCCUUCCUCGUCGGCUCCUCUGCCUCCGCCCAAGCCGUCUUCUCCGACUACAUCAGAUGGUAGCUCGACCGGGUCUGCACCAGUCUAUUCCGAACCGCAAUACGUUUUCAAGUUUACCCUCGGCGGUCAUGUCACCAACCCUAACCAGCUACGCGAGCGGGCUCUCGUUCGACCCAGACUCCCCAGGCCUGCUCAAGCAUGGGUAAAUGCCCGAUCUCGAAGCGGAAGCGAUCCACCGCCUUUCGCGCCACGAAUGCCGGCACCCACGCGUCGCGUCUCAGGCCUUCACGAGGGCGGGCUGGUCUGCGAGGCGAGGAAUGCCAGCCCGCUCUUCUCACCCAUCGGCGCCCAUGCGGCCCGCCGCAUCAGCAGCGAAACCCCGCCUCAGCUUUCCUUCUCGCCGAGUUUCACUCGCUCAUUGAAUGAGCCUUUCGACUGCGACGCCAGCGUAUUGACCGAGCAAUCGAGAAGGAGUGACGACAGUAUCGCAGUAUCCUCUGCGCUUUCUCACACCACGAAGGAUAGCCUCCCUGUCGGAGACGGGGAGAGCGGUCGGUCGACAGUGGACACGUUGCCGCGGCCUGUCCAGCCCACCGGGAUCUAUGCCAAGAAUGCGAUUUAUUCGGGGCGCGCUCUUGCAGAAUGGAGCGUGAUCGUUGCCGAAUGCAAUGCUUUCAUCGAUCGCAGGAGGAACGAGGGCGUGCUGGGCCUACGCGAGGUCGAGGUUCCCAUGCUCGGCACGGAAGGAAUAGGGCUCAGGCGCCUAUGA